AUGCUGGAAGAGUACUUAUGUUCAUCAAAGGCCGCUGGUAUUCCUACCUUCCUCUACCUCGACAAGAUGGGUCGCCGUAAGCUUGCAAUCUUCGGUGGUGCAGCCAUGGCUGUUCCUCACCUCAUCAUGUCCGGCGUCGUCGGCAAGUUCGACGGCAAGUGGGAAGCCAAUCUCGGCAUGGGUUGGUUUGGAGUUGCUCUGAUCUACAUAUAUGUCCUCUGCUACGCAUGCUCAUAUGGGCCACUGGCAUGGACCCUCCCCGCUGAAGUUUUCCCCAGCUCCCGCCGAGCAAAGGGAGUUGGAGCCGCUACUGCCAUGGUCUGGCUCGCCAACUUCAUCAUUGGCGUCGUGGUUCCCGAGAUGAUUAUCAAGAUUGGUUGGGGGACUUACCUCUUCUUUGGUAUCUUCUGCACUCUCGCUUCUGUCUUUUCCUUCUUCCUUGUCCCUGAAACUGCAAACAAGUCGCUGGAGCAGAUUUCUCAACUGUUUGGAGAUCAUGCUGUUGCGAAUGAGGAGGCUGUCUACGAACGAAUUCGCCAUCAAGUUUGGGACGGCCAUGCUCAUGGAGCUGAGCAUGCUGAGGUCAAGCAGAGUAUUUGA